AUGACAUUGUCAAUAUUACGCUCUAUUCCUCGACUUGGUCGAUCAGUAGUCAAUCAACCUCGAUAUAUCACUACUUCUAUCAUAAAAUUACGAUCCAAUGAUCCUUUCCCAUUACCAUUUUCCGAUCCAGAAUUAGCUAAAGCUAAUUCCAAUUUCAAUUCCAAUUUCAAUGCAAGAUCUGGUCAACCUGAAAAACCAUUAUCUGAAGAUUCAGAAGAAUGGCCUAUACCUUCUCCUUUAGAUAGAACAGGUGAAAAUCUAGAUACAUUAAGAUCAAGAUUGAUUUAUCAAACUAGGAAAAGAGGUACCUUGGAAACUGAUUUGAUUUUAAGUACUUUCGCUAAAGAAUUUUUACCCACUAUGGAUAUGGAUGAAAUGAAACAAUUUGACAAGCUUCUUGACGAACCUGAUUGGGAUAUAUUCUAUUGGUCAGUACAAAAGAGAGAACCUCCUCCCAGAUGGAAGGAUACCUCGUUGUUGAAAAAACUAAUAGUGCACGCCAAAAACGAAGGGAAAGUGGUCAGGAUGAUGCCAGAGUUGAUGCAGAAGGAGCCUGAAUUGUCAUAG